AUGAGACUCGCCCACCUCCACCUCCCACACACAACGCCCUUCAAACGGGUCUCCGAGCUCCAACAAGCCCUGACAACGCGCUUCCUCGCAUACAAGAAACUCGCUUCUCCAGGUUCAAUAUCCUCACAAAACACAACCUCAACCCUGAAAUCACACCCACCACCACCACCGGACCCGACAAUCAUAACGUUCACCCCAAACCCGGUCUACACCACCGGCCGCCGUGACCUCCCACCUUCAAAUACCUGUGCCUCCCCAGUCCUCUCCCUCCCGCCGGCCCUCGAACCAAUCCGGUCUCUUUUAACACCUGGUCUCGGUACAAAAGCGGAGUACGUUCCGACGCUGCGCGGGGGUCAAACGACGUACCAUGGACCAGGGCAAAUGGUAGCAUACACAAUCCUGGAUUUAAAAAGACUUGGAUUGACGCCACGGUGUCAUAUUCGGGUUUUGGAAAACAGUGUUAUUGAUCUGUUGAAGAGAUACGGGGUGAAGGGCUUUGUGACUGAGGACCCGGGGGUCUGGGUGAAUGAUGGCGAGGCGAAGAAGAUUACCGCGGUGGGGGUGCAUUUGAGGAGGAAUAUUAGCAGUUUUGGAGUUGGAUUGAAUGUUACGAAUGAGCCUCUGUGGUUCUUUAGACAGAUUGUCGCGUGCGGGUUGGAGGGGAAGGAGGCGACUAGUCUUGAGGGAGUUGGUGUUUCCGUUGGUAUUGAUGAAGUUGCGAGUGGCUUUACUGAGUGUUUUGUUAAGCGGGUGAAUGAGGACUUUGCUUGUGAUGGGGCGUCUGGAGAGAAGAUUGAGGAGGUGUAUUCUGUUCGGGAAGAGGAUCUUAUGCUACAAGGUAUCUAG